AUGACGGUCAACGUUCGUUUAUUGGACGAUACGAUAAAAACAUUCCAUGUACAGUACAAAGCGAGUGGUCAAGUACUCUUCGACCAGGUGUGCCGUGUGCUAAAUCUUCUCGAGUCCGACUACUUCGGCUUGGAAUAUUGUGACGAUCAGGGAGCCCGGCACUGGCUGGAUUACGAGAAAUCGAUGUGCAAUCAGGUUGGCAUCAAGUUCGAGGACGCGUUUCUGGAAUUCUGCGUCAAGUUUUACACGCCCGACCCCGGGCAGCUCGAAGAGGAAUUCACGCGCUACUUAUUCAGCUUGCAAAUCAAGCGAGAUCUUGCUCAGGGACAGCUGCUGGUCCAUGAAGACACCGCCGCUGUGCUCGCCUCGUACAUAGUCCAAGCUUCAUGUGGCGACUUCAGUCAUGACGACUAUCCGGACGCCAGCUACUUAGCAUGCCAUCAGUUCGUCCCUCGGCAAAAAGCAACUCGAAGAAAAAUCAUGCUACAUCAUAUGAAUCACAUUGGUCAGAGCCCGUCCGAGGCGGACAUGAAUUUGCUGGAGGUCGCGAGACGAUGCGAAUUCUUUGGAAUCCGAUUGGUUCCUGCAUUCGACUCGGAAGGUAUAGCGCUGACGAUGGCCGUCGGUCAUGUCGGUAUAGUGGUCUACCGGAAUAGCAUGAAGAUUCAUACCUUCUCCUGGAACAAAAUUCGCAAGCUAAGCUUCAAACGACGAAAAUUCCUCAUCAAGCUGCACCCGACCGAAGGCUAUGGUUGUUACGGUAAAGAUUGCGUGGAAUUCCUGUUCGACAAUAGAAACGCGUCCAAAAGCUUCUGGAAGAGAUGCAUCGAACAUCAUGCAUUCUUCCGGUGCACUGAAGUCCGGAAGACGUGCCGUGUGCGGGGAAAAACUAGGAUUUUCAGUAGGGGAUCAUCGUUCCGGUACAGUGGUCGAACUCAGAAGCAAGUGAUCGAGUAUGUGAAGGAAACAUCCGCUCGACGUCGCUCGUUUCAAAGAUUUGAGACCAAUGCGAUCCGCGCAAAUGGAGAUCACUCAUAA